GUCAGUGUGAGAAUAAUCAAUGAGAACUCCGUCUCUGCUCUGCCUCAACUUGCCUUGGAUUUAAAUCACCUUCACACAGAACAGCACCAGGGGGAAAAGGCAAAACGACAUUGAAUAAAUCCAAGAGAGGGAGACUAAUAAUAACAACAGUUAUAAAAGACAAGAUAAGAAAACAGGGCACAUUACAUUCCUGAGCAAGAGAGGGCAUUAAAGAAAAAGAAAGAAGAGGAGCAACAUCAACAUUUUUGAAGAAUGUAUAAUUCUGUCUGCUUCGUCGUCUUGUCGUGGGUGUUUGCUCUGCUCGUCUUUCCAGGAGUGCCAGCGCGGAGCGGAGAAUCUUUUUCGAAACCGAUGGACAACAUCACCGUCAGACAAGGGGACAAUGCCGUCUUAAAGUGUAUCGUGGACAACAAGGUAUCGAGGGUAGCCUGGCUGAACCGCACCACCAUUCUGUUUGCUGGUCGGGAAAAGUGGUCAUUAGACCCUCGUGUCAUCCUGCUCAACAACACAGCCAUCACAGAAUACAGCAUUAAAAUCCAGAAUGUCAACGUGUUUGAUGAGGGGCCUUAUGUCUGCUCCAUCCUGACCAAUAAGAAGCCCAAAUCCUCGAGAGUGCACCUCAUUGUACAAGUUCCAGCAAAGAUCACAAACAUAUCCACUGACAUCACCGUGAACGAGGGCAGUAACGUCACUCUGAUGUGUUUGGCUAUUGGAAGACCGGAGCCCACCAUAAUGUGGAGACACAGUUCAAUAAAAGGCCAUGGCUUCAUGAACGAAGGGGAAUAUGUAGAGAUCACAGCCAUCACCAAAGAACAGUCAGGAAUCUACGAAUGCAGUGCCAACAACGACAUAUCAGCCCCCGACGUGAGGACUGUGCAGAUCACCGUAAACUAUCCACCCUUCAUUUCAGAUGUCAGGAGUACAGGAACUCCUGUCGGUCAGAAGGGCAUCCUACAGUGUGAGGCCUCUGCAGUUCCCCUGGCAGAUUUUGCAUGGUAUAAAGAGGACCGCAGGCUCUUCAAUGGACUCAAUGGAGUUAAAAUUGAAAACAAAGGUAGACAAUCCAUGCUUAUCUUUUUCAACGUUUCUGAAGAGGACUAUGGAAACUACACUUGUGUGGCAAUGAACACCAUGGGGAUAACAAAUGCCAGCAUAAUAUUGUAUGGCCCAGGAGCUGUGCACGACGUGAACAGCGCAGUGCUAUCUCCACACAGCUCGCCCUGCCUCCUCUUGACUGUCAUUUUGUUGUACCUUUUUAAGUUUUGAUGCAGCGGUGGUUGCCUCCAGCUUCUGCCAACCUCAGAGUACGUCAGACUAGCAGUCCCGUAUGAGGAAAGGAAAAUCAAACAAACGUGGACGGUUUGCAUUUUUUUAGCAAUGAGUUGACAGUGUUUAUCGACAUGGGGGGGUACAUGACAGA